AUGUUUGCAUGCAGCUUUGGUGAGUUCACAUCAUCGGAGGAUGCAGAAGAUGCAAAUCAUUGUUUGAUGCAGGUCCAAACGAGGAACAGCCUUCUCGGGCACCAAACCGUUGCAGCCGGCCGUUGUCGGAAUUGCAGCUUCGUUUCGCCAGCGCAGCUUGCCUCGUUGGCCCACGCGGAAAGCCUUUUGCAAGGCACGUCGCAAGAAUUCAGGCGCACGGCAGGUCAGGUGUCGGUCGGCAAGCGUAUCGUGUUUACAGCCAGUGUGAUUAUCGCCAUUGUCGCCGUGGCAGCUUGGAUCACAUUGCUGCAUCACAUCUCGGCCAAAGCCAAUUCAGGAAACCGGCCGUCGGGUCUCACAUCUCCUGAUGCGACAGCCUACUCCGUAGAAACAUCUGCGGCAAGAAUAGCAGCCAGAUUCGUGCCAGAAGAGCUUCUAAAAGUCAGAGGGCACGUCUUCGAGUGGCCGGCACGGACCAAGGACAUGUCAAUCUAG